UCUCUCCUCCUACUCUUUAAUUUCCCUUGAAGAAUCCCUUCCCUUUCUCAGCCCCCUUCAUGACUGGUUGAAAUGGGCAUCCUCCCAAUCCAAAAAAUCCCCAAAAUACCCCUCGGAAACCCUGCAUUGCCCCAUGAGACCAAAACUCAGUCCCUCCUCUUUCUUCCAACAUGUCUCCAAAACCAGACCUUUCUCCUCCAUCGUUGCCCUUCCCUCCGCCCCGAAUUACGAAACUGCCAUCGCAAACGAAAUACAGACCAUCCUCACCACCUCCCCCGCCAUCGAAUCCUCCCUCGAGAUCCUCUCCUCCCUCAUCUCACCGUCCAUCGUCGCCUCCGUCAUCAAAGAGCUCCGGGACCCGUUUUCCGGCUUCCGGUUCUUCAUCUGGGCCAUGCGUCGGAAGCGGCUCCGCAGCUGGGAUUCGUACAAUUCGAUGAUCGGGAUCCUCCGCAGCGAGAACGGGUUCGAUGCGGCAUGGGAAUUGCUCGAUGAACUAAAGGCGAACGGGAUCCCGAUCAUAUCCCCAGCGUUCGCAGCUCUGAUUUCUGCUUACGCUGUCUCCGGCAUGGCUGAGAAGGCCGUGGAAUCGUUCGGCAGGAUGGCAGAGUACGCCUGCCGUCCGAACACGUUCACAUACAAUACAAUCCUGCACGUUCUGAUCGAAGAGGAGGUUUUCCAGGUUGCGAUGGCGGUUUAUAAUCUGAUGCUCAAGUCUGAUUGCCGUCCAAACCGGUCGACCUUCAACAUAUUAAUCAAUGGAUUGUGCAAGGCGGGGAAGACUCAGGACGCGCUCCACCUGUUUGUCGAAAUGUCUGAAAGAGGUAUCUCUCCGAAUACAAUGAUUUAUACUGUUGUUUUAUCGGGUCUUUGUCAAGCUAAGCAGACUGACGAUGCGUUUAGGCUGUUGUAUACGAUGGGAGAUAAUAAUUGUAGGCCUGAUUCGAUUACAUACAAUGCUUUGCUAAGUGGGUUUUGUAAACUGGGUCGGAUCAAUGAGGCUUUUGAGCUUUUGAGAUUGUUUAGGAAAGAGGGUUUCGUACUUGGAUUGAAUGGUUACAGUUGUUUGAUCGAUGGGUUGUUUAGGGUGGGCCGGUUUGAGGAGGCAUGCCAGUGUUAUAGGAACAUGUUAGAGGAGGAGAUUUCACCUGAUUGUGUUUUGUAUACGAUCAUGAUCAAGGGGUACUCUGAGGCGGGUAGGGUUGAAGAUGCAUUCGGAUUCCUGAGCGAGAUGACUGAGAAGGGGCUCAUUCCUGAUACAUUCUGUUACAAUACUUUGAUCAAGGGCCUUUGUGACGUUGGGCUUCUAGAUAAGGCCCGCUCACUUCGGAUGGAUAUUUCGAAGUAUGAUUUUUUCCCGGACUCCGCUACAUACACAAUCAUGAUAUGUGGUCUGUGCAAGGAAGGGCUGGUUGGCGAGGCCCAGCAGAUAUUUGAUGAAAUGGGGAAGGUUGGAUGCUUCCCCACUGUCAUGACAUUCAAUGCUCUUAUCAACGGUCUUUGUAAGGCUGGAGAGCUGGAGGAAGCUCAAAUUCUUUUCUACAAGAUGGAGAUGGGGAGGAACCUGUCACUGUUUCUCCGUCUUUCUCAAGGUGCUGAUAGGGUCCAUGAUAGUGGGAGUCUUCAAAUGCUUGUAGAGCGUUUGUGUCAGUCCGGUCUCAUACUUCGGUCAUAUAAGCUUCUCAAAGAUCUUGCUGAUAGCGGGGUUGUACCGGACAUCAUUACAUACAAUAUACUCAUUAAUGGGCUCUGCAAAGAGCGGAACAUCAACGGGGCGUUCAAGCUCUUCAAAGAGCUGCAGCUAAAGGGAUACUCACCUGAUGCUGUCACCUAUAGUACACUCAUAGAUGGGCUUCAGAAAGUUGACAGAGAAGAGGAUGCAUUUGGGGUCUUUGAGCUGAUGGUGAGGAAUGGAUGUACUCCGAGUUUGGCGGUCUACAAGACGCUUAUGACAGCAUUGUGUCGCAAGGGUAAAGUCUCACAGGCUUUUGCUCUUUGGUUGAAAUUUGUCUCACAGAAGAGUGGUCUUACCGAUCAAGGAGCCAUCAACAUGGUGCAGGAACAUUUUGAGAAAGGGUUUAUAGAAGAUGCAAUCAGAGGCUUGGUUGAGAUGGAUCUCAAGCUCAAUGAUGCUGAUUCAUCACCCUAUACAAUUUGGCUAAUUGGGUUUUGCCGGGCAGGAAAAGUAGAUGAAGCUUUAAAGAUCUUUUCAGUCCUCACAGAACAUAACAUCGAUGUUACUCCACCUAGCUGUGUAUUCCUUAUAAAUAGCCUCUGCCUAGAAGGAAAACUUGACUUGGCAAUAGAUGUUUUUCUUUAUACAUUGAAGAAACGUUUUGUGUUGAUGCCACCCGUAUGCAAUAGGCUAAUUAGGAGUCUUUGUUCACAAAAUAAGAAGGAAGAUGCAGCUGAGCUUGUGCAUAGAAUGAGUCUUGCAAGAUAUGAUUUGGGAGUCUAUCUUCAUCAAAGUACAAAAGCUCUUAUAUAUGGCUAUGAGAACAGAUGACAGAUGUGUUACCCAUGUACAGUAUUGUGACUGUGGCACAGGUGUUUCAUGGUUAGAUGUGUCAAAUACUGGUAGUGCAUCAACUGUUUUUUGAAUAACUGGGUGAUGACUGCAAAUUUGCGUCUACUUUCUUAUUAAACCGAGUGUCCACCACCACCAUCAUUGUAGCCUUGUCCUAACUAUUUGGGUUUGGCUGAACUUAUUGUCCAUCUAUGACUAUAUAUGAGGUCAUGUUUGGAAACCAUAGAUUCCAUGCCAUACAGUGGAAAAGGAAAAGGGUUCUCCUUUGAUGUAAUGAUUUAUGUUGUUUGGAUAGCAAAUAAAAGGGUGGAUUCCACCAAGCAAUCAUUACACUUGUCCA